AUGGCGCCCUUCUGCAAGGAUGUCGUGAGCAAUUGGAGAUUUAGCCCACCGCCAGUUCAAAGGAGGCAACGCGCUUUUCCGACCCGUCUCUCUUCUCCUCCAAUCCCCCGAGCCCGACGCCGCGGCAUUGCGAAGCGGCGGAGCAACCGCCGCCCCGCCUCGAACCCUACCGCCUCUCAAGGCGGCCACCUCCUCGAAUCCACUCCGCCGCGGGGCGCUGGAGCCGGACGGUCCUCUACGCUCCCGCCGUCCCGCGGCGGCGCGCGCGGGGGUGGACGCCGCGGGCCUUCGCGGAGAUCCAACAACCAUGGCGUCCGUCAGGAAAAUGCGAAUUUCUUCUACUGUGGGAUUCUCUGGAGUCUGGACAAAGUUUUAAGGCGAAUGUGGGGAAUCACUGAACCAGUUCUUGGAGAUGAAACCCUUCUGGUGCUGGAUGUGAAUAGCUAUCUGAUUGGAAUUUGGAAUUUUAAGAAAUACCUGCAUCUAGGACCGGGAAAAAAGAGGGAUCAAGGCCAUGCGGAAAGGCUGGCCUGUGGGUUGGGCAUGAGCAUGACUGCAUGAGCCGUUCUCUGAUGCUAAAAUGCGCUCACUUGACUGUAGCUGUACCGUAGCAAUUUUAUACGUUGUGCUUUAUUUCUUGUAUAGGUAGGUUAAUGGUAUUGUACUAAUGGGGACAUUUCACCGGACACUGUUAAAAGUUUGAGCGGUGCUCCGAUGCUAAAAUGCGUGCCUUUUACUUUAGCCACACCCAACCUGUAGCUGUACGGUAGCGAUCUUAUAUGUUGUGCUUUAUUUUAUGUAUAGUAGGUUAUUUAUAUCGUAUGAGUGGGGACAUAUCACCGGACAUAAUUUUGAAUACAGCCCCUUCAUGCCA